ACAAAAAUGUCAAGGCUGGUUCAAGCUCGAAGACUGGAAGGAAUGGACAAGAAUGUCUGGGUGGAAUUUGUGAAACUGGCUGCCACUUACCCAACCGUGAACCUUGGCCAAGGCUUCCCUGACUUUCCCCCACCAGACUUUGUGAAGGAGGCAUUUAUGAAGGCCGUCGGUGGGGAGAACAGCAUGCUGCACCAGUACACCCAGGCCUUUGGACACCCGGCGCUGGUGACGAUCCUGGCCCACUUUUUUGGGAAGCUGCUAGGGCAAGAACUGGACCCUCUGACCAAUGUGCUGGUGACGGUCGGGGCAUACGAAGCCCUUUUCUGCUGUUUCCAGGCUCUGGUUGAUGAAGGCGAUGAGGUGAUAAUCAUUGAGCCGUUCUUUGACUGCUACGAGCCGAUGGUGAAGAUGGCUGGGGGCACUCCUGUGUUCGUACAACUGCGACCGAAAGCUGCAGAAGCCGGAAAACUGAUGUCCAGUGGAGACUGGCAGCUGGAUCCAGCAGAGCUGGCUUCCAGAUUUACCGAACGAACCAAAGCCAUCGUUUUGAACUCACCCAACAACCCCCUGGGAAAGGUGUUCACCAGGGAGGAGAUGGAGCUCAUUGUAGACCUGUGUGUGAAACACGAUGUCCUGUGCUUCAGUGAUGAAGUGUACGAAUGGAUAGUCUAUGAUGGGAAGGAGCACAUCCGGAUUGCCAGCUUGCCGGGCAUGUGGGAUCGCACGAUAACCAUUGGGAGUGCUGGGAAAACCUUCAGCGCCACAGGAUGGAAGGUUGGUUGGACUUUGGGGCCUGAUCGCCUUCUGAAACACCUCAGAACUGUCCACCAGAACUCUGUGUAUCACUGUCCAACAGCGGCUCAGGAAGCAGUGGCUCAGGCAUUCCAAAGAGAGUUUGACAACUAUGGGAAGCCAGACAGUUAUUUUGUCCAGCUGGCUCAGGAGCUGCAGCAGAAGCGGGACUGGUUAGUUCGGAGCCUAGUUGCUGGGGGCAUGAAGCCCAUUGUCCCUGAGGGCACCUACUUCCUGAUGGCAGACUUCUCAGAGUUCAAAAGUGAAGUACCUGACCUCCCGGAUUCUGAUGAACCCUAUGACUCUCGGUUUAUAAAGUGGAUGAUUAUAAACAAGGGUUUAGUUUCUAUUCCAGUCUCCGCUUUCUACAGCACUCCACACAAGAGGAAUUUUGACCAUCUCAUUCGCUUCUGCUUUGCGAAGGAGGAAUCUACGCUGAAGGCAGCAGAAGACAUACUGCAACAAUGGAGUCUGGAGAAAACUGGCCAGUGAAUGCUUUGGACAGAAUACCAGGCAGGCUCGCCGGUGCUGUGCCCUGAUCUGCUGCUAUGUCCUGCUCUCCUUGAUGCAGCCAUCGUGGCUACAGAUUCUUUGCUUACUGUUUUUAUUUUAACUCUUGAUUGCAUCAUUGGAUUUCAGUCACCUUCUCUAUCAUGCACAUGGGCAAGAGGUUUGUCAGCCCACGGAUCUGGUUCAAAGUUUCUCAUUGCUGUCCACUAGCAAAAAGGUUUUACUGUUCCUUGGGACUUAUGAGCCAGUAUAUACACUGGUAAAACUUUAUUUUCUCUUUUUUACUUUCAAAAGCUUCACUAACUUGUUCAUACUGGGUUCCCUGCAGCUAAAACACAAGGCAAAAAUGGUUGCUGGGCUCCCUGUCCUGCUCCAUAACAUUCUAUAUGUUCUAAAUAGGCUGGUCCCUGUGGAGGGCUGCAUUGACACUGCUGAAUUAGAGACAAUGACCAAAUUCUACUCUUACACCAUUGCAAUCCUUCUGAAGCUACGGAGGUU